AUGAUGGAAGACCAGGACAAGAAAGACCAGGACAAAAAAGACCAGAAUGAGAAAGACCACAAUGAGAAAGACCAGGACAAAAAAGACCAGAAUGAGAAAGACCAGGACAAGAAAGACCAGGACAAAAAAGACCGGGAUGAGAAAGACCAGGACAACAAAGACCGGGAUGAGAAAGACCAGGACAAAAAAGACCGGGAUGAGAAAGACCAGGACAAAAAAGACCAGAAUGAGAAAGACCAGGACAAGAAAGACCGGGAUGAGAAAGACCAGGACAAAAAAGACCGGGAUGAGAAAGACCAGGACAAAAAAGACCGGGAUGAGAAAGACCAGGACAAUAAAAAAACGAAGAUGAUAAAAAAAAAAAAAAAAAAAAAAAAAAAACACGAUAAACACCCGAACGAUUAA